GGUUCAAUUAGUUUGUUAUUGUAAAAUAUUUUGUUAUUAUUUGUGAUUUAGCUAAAUUAAAUGGACGGGUCUGGUAAUAAACGUACUAAGGCUUACGGCAGAGUUAUGCCACGGGUAUAUAAUGUCGUCGGACAUCGUUCCCGUCCAAAUUAUAAGUCGAAUUCGAAUGUUACGCGCCACGAAACCUCGUCUUCUCUGCUUGAUGGCGCGAAACCGAAUUCUUCAAACGUUUGUUCAGGUUCUUAUAGGGAACUACCUAUUGUUUUACACGAUUAUAAACCUGAGACGCCUAAUAAAUCUCGGAAGUUAAAGUAUGUCGCGAAACCGAAAAAAACAUUAAAAUCUUUGGAUACAGCUAAAUCACCUAUCAUGAACAAAAAGUUAUGCCAAAUCAGUGAUAAAGUGCCAAACUUAAGUGUACGGAAUUCAGCUCCAUGUGUAAUGCAACCUGAUCCAGUCAGUUGGUCAGAUUAUCACUUUCGUCAGUGUUAUUCCAGCAGGUCACAUACAAGACUAAAGGAUAUUAAGGAUGAAAUAGAAGCAUUUCAAGAAGGUCAGAAAUUAAUGCAAUUUCGCAGUAACCUCUACAAGAAAACUGGCGUUGUUUUAGAUGACUUGGGGGAGGUGGCCGCAGAUAAGGCUGUGCAGGUUGAAGAGCUUGAUAAUACAACAAGGGAGAUAAGAGUCAGCAGACGGGAAUAUCUAAAUGAAGUCUUUUGUAGUCACUUUUUACGGCUGGCAUCGCGCCUUCAAUCAGUGUACGAAGAAAAAGUGAUUGCGGUGCGAAUGAAUUCGCAAUAAAAGGCGCACUUCGAUAUCACGUUGCAGUGAUGCAACAACGAUAACUCUGGAAUGCAAUUAAACGUGCGCCGUGACGAACCGCUUAUCUGUAACCUUGGCAAUGACAUUGGAACCUUGGACUUGGAGAAAUUACGAUAUGCCGUAUGGAGCGUGACCGCGCCUUUUGUUAGGUAUAC